AACAAAACCUGAAGCUCUAGCUCUUCAAGUACAUAUGGAUGUGGGAUUAAUGCCGGCAAAGGCAUGGGCACGGGUGAAGAUUAACCAGCCCUGUGCCGCUUGUAGGAUGCUUCGUCGGAGAUGUGGGAGUGACUGUUUGUUGGCUCCCUACUUCCCUCCUGAAGAAUUCAAUAACUUUGUUGUCGUUCACAAGGUGUUUGGUGCUAGCAAUGUAAUGAAAAUGCUGCAGAAGGUAGAGGAGAGCAAGAGGGAAGAUUGUGUGAAGAGCAUAGUCUAUGAAGCAAAUGCAAGGCUGAGGGACCCAGUUUAUGGGAGCAGUGGAGCCAUCUGUCAUCUGCAGAAGCAAGUUCAAGAACUGGAGCUUCAAUUGGAAUCGAUGAGAACCAAAUUUUUGGAAUCACAGGAACAAAGGAAUCAGCUCUUGAAGAUUUUGAUGGAUUUUCAAUACCAAUGUCCCAUCUCCCCCAUUGAUGAUGUGAUGUUCGAUCGAGGUAGUUUCUUCUUAGAUGAUGGCACAGUGCCAGUAUUAGGCUACAAUCCAAUAGAAUUUCCAUUACAUUGUGAUUGGAUUCUAUAGUGAGAGAGAGAGAGAGAGAGAUUAGGGAUUAGGGAGAUCCAUAAUUGAAAAAAAUAAAA